AUGGCACAAGUUGAGAGCGACCGGGAAAUUAGCGCAACAAGCGACAUUGGAGAUAUGUUAUCUACCUCUGACGUCGAGCUACAAAUUGGACUGGGUAGGAUGAAGGAAACGCUGACUAACCAAAACAAAUGGAGCUGGGAUGAUGAUCCCAGCAAUCCAUAUAACUGGCCAAAGAGGUUGAAGGCUCAACAAGUUCUCAUGAUCGCCUCUGCGGCUUUCGUAACAUCCGUGUCUGUUUCGAUACUAUCACCUGCCCAUUCGGAGUUUAUGGAAGAGUUUAGAGUCAGCGAUACAGUUGCUAUCCUUCCUUUGUCCCUCUACGUGUUUGCUCUAGGUCUCGGCCCUGUGUUUGGUGGACCACUUUCAGAAACUGUUGGAAGAUAUCCAGUAUAUAUUGGUUCGAUUUCUCUUGGAACUUUAUUCACCCUAGGCACAGGAUUCAGUCCCACGUUUGGGGGCGUUUGCGUCUUGCGCUUCCUGGCAGGCUUUUGUUAUGGCCCUACAUUAGCUAUCGGUGGAGGAACGAUCAACGAAACAUUCAGACCAGUGAAACGGGGCAUCCCUUCGACUAUCUUUAUUCUAACUCCUUUUUUGGGCCCGGGUUUAGGGUCACCUGACUAUUUCAUUCACGCCCCUAUUAAUGAAAACUAUAGCCCUGUCAUUGGAAGCUUCGUCGUCAAUCGAAAGGGUUGGCGAUGGACCCAGUGGACAAUAAUUUUCUUUUCUAUCUUCACAUUGAUUACGAUUGGCCUGGCAAGAGAAACUUUUCACCCUGUCAUCCAACGUCGCCGGGCCAGAGAACUAGGCCACGAUCUUCCUUCUUCGCCGCCAUUCUCUGCGAAGAUACGAACUUUUGCAACCAUGACGCUUCUCCGUCCUAUUCAUAUGCUCCUAACUGAACCUAUCGUUGGUUUCAUCUGCCUUUACGUCGCUUGUGAAUUUGCGACGCUAUUUUCCUUCUUCGCCGGUGUUCCGCUUGUUUUCCGGAGUGUCUAUCAUUUUGGGAUCGAGGAGUCUGGCCUCGUGUUUCUGGCUAUCGUUGUCGGUUGUUUGCUAGGAGCAUUCACAGUAAUCUUAUGCGAUAUUCUUCUAUAUCGUAGGCGAACCCCGGAAUAUCUGGGACAACAAGUCCCGCCGGAAAAUCGCCUUUACCCAGCUCUGAUUGGUAGUGUGGGUAUACCUAUUGGCUUGUUCUGGUUUGCAUGGAGUGCCAGACCAGACAUUUCUUGGACGAGCCCCACUAUCGCGAUCAUGGUAUUUGCUUGGGGAAAUCUCUCCAUUUUUGUCGCCACAACCCAAUACAUCGUUGACAACUAUCAUGGUCUCACAGUCGUAAGCGCUAUGAGUGCAAACAGCCUAGCCAGGUAUGGGCUUGCGGCUGCAUUUCCUCUUUUUACCAUUCAGAUGUACGCAAAACUCGGAAUCGGAUGGGCUUCAAGUAUACUUGGGUUCAUUGCUGUAGUGCUCCUGCCUGUUCCAUGGGUCCUUUUCAAAGCUGGAAAAACCCUGAGAGCGUUAAGCAAAUACGAAAUCGCAGAAAGCCAAGGUUGA